AUGAGGAAGGUCGUGAGCGCGCCGUGUUUGCUGGAGCUGGGUGCGCAGGCGGCGGCACCGCAGCGGCCACUGGCGGCGUCGCUGGGCGGCGCGGAGGGGCGCGGCAUGGGAGACGCCGGAGGCGUGGGCCAGAUGGCAGGCGCGAGGAAGACUUCCCUCAGCCCCCUCCCAGGCAAUUCCAUGCUGAUGCCGCACGCUCCUCAGUCAGCCACCAGGCCCUCUGUGCGCACAUGUGCGGCAGCUGUGCCACCCGUGGCGCUGCCAGAUGUGACCCCAGUGGUCAGGGAGAUCUCCAUGGAUCUAGAGGGCAUGGCAAAAAGCGUCGAAGAAGAGGUGGUCGUUGAGUCAGGGCUGCAUGUCGUGGGGAUUGCUGCAGGUGGCUGUGUGCAGCAUUUCGGCGUGGCCUCCAAACUGGCCCCAGCUCUGGUGGACGCUGGUGCAAUUGGCAACACGUCUGAGGAGGAUUUGGGAAUGGCCAUGUGCAUGGCGACGCCAUUUGAGGGGGAGGGGGGUGGCCUGGAUGAAGAAGUGCAGCGAUCGCUGGAUGAUCUUGCCUUGCAGAAUGAAAUUCGAUUCGAGCUCGAGUAUGCAUUGGACUCUCUGGCACAUAUGAGCCUGUCUGACUCGGAAGACAGGAACCAGCUGCGCUUGAGAACUAACAGAAAUCGCCGUCGCCGUCGUCCGAUCCGAUUUGGAGGGGUAAUGACAAGGGGCACAAGGUCGGCAGCGGACAGCACGAGUGCUGCCAAAGAGAACUGCGAUGUUCAGGGCAACAUCGUCUCCACUGGGGGCCUCCACGGUUUGCUGAAGCAGGCAGUGGCGCCUCAGCAGAGCGAAUGA